CAGCGCCGCCAUGUCCAGCUGCACUGAGAGGCUUUUUUUUUAGACACAGCUGCGUCACUUUAGUGCGACUCGGUUGAGAAAUACAAAAUAAUCAAGCUAGAAGAAGGCCGAGAACAAAGGGAUACGUUCUUCAAUCUAAAACGUAAAAUCAUGGCGGACCUUGGCAUCAAAGCAGGAGACAAGGUGCUGUUUGUCUGGACUCAGCCCUCAGCUCCAGCAGCCCUGAAACAGUUUGCAGAGGAACUUGGCGCCACUGUUGGUGCAGACGGCAAAGUGUCAGUGGAGAACAUGGAGAGACUAAUGCUGUCCUCCCAUUCAGCAUCCUCCUUUGACUGGGUGCUCUCCUGCCUUCUGGCUGACAGCUCCUCCAUCCACAAUUCAGAGAGUCUAGCUGAGAUGGCCAGAGUGCUCAAACCUGGUGGGAAGCUAGUUCUGGAUGAACCAGUCACUGGAGCUGAGAUGCAGAGUGUGAGGACGGCUGAGAAGCUGAUGUCAGCUCUGAAGUUGUCAGGCUUCAUGUCAGUGACAGAGGUCAGUAAAACAGAACUGAGUCCAGAGGCACUGAGCUCCCUCAGGACAGCCACUGGUUACCAAGGAAACACCCUGUCUAGAGUCCGCAUAACUGCCUCCAAACCCAACUACGAGGUGGGCUCAUCCAGCCAGAUUAAACUGUCAUUUGGGAAAAAGACAGCCAAGCCAGCAGAGAAACCUGCUCUGGAUCCCAACACUGUCAAAAUGUGGACGCUCUCAGCCAAUGACAUGAAUGAUGACGAUGUGGACCUGGUAGACUCCGAUGCUCUGCUGGAUGAAGAAGACUUGAAGAAGCCAGAUCCAGCUUCUCUUAAAGCCCCCAGCUGUGGAGAAGGAGCUGGAAAGAAGAAGAAAGCCUGCAAGAACUGCACAUGUGGUCUGGCUGAAGAGUUGGAGGCUGACAGUAAAGGAAAACAGAAGACAAAUCUGCCAAAAUCUGCCUGUGGAAGUUGUUACCUUGGUGAUGCAUUCCGAUGUGCCAGCUGUCCCUACCUGGGAAUGCCAGCGUUCAAACCAGGAGAGAAGAUCGUACUGGACAACAAGACACUGACGGAUGCUUGAAACCAGAGUUCACACAUUUAUCGUUUAUGCUUCCAAACAUUACAUUCCUUCCCUUUUCCAUCCAUCCUGAGACGUCCCAAAGAUUUGAUGGGUCUCUGCAACAGUGACUGGUGUCUGUUUCUUCAGUGGACCUCACUGCUGACGUAAUGGGGAUUUCUGUCUGUUUGUCUGGAGCUCAGUGAGAUGGUUCCUGUUUGAUGAGUUCAGAGUUUCAAAUUACCACACACAACACCUUGUUUUCGCAGUGAUUCACCAGCACUGAUUGUCAUGCUGUCACGUCACAACAAUAGCAAGUCAUGUUUGUAAAGAGUUUCCUAAUUUGAGAAUUUGGCAUUGCAGCUCUGACAGUGAGUGGGAUGAAAUGGAAAAAGUGCAUUGUUACUGCAGUUUUACUCAGUGUUGUUAAUUAUGAAAAUUCUGAUGUGCUUGAGGGAUUCAAGGAAGUCUGAAAUUCAUUUGUUCUUUUCAUUUCCAGUUCUAUUUACAUCUGAUCAUUGAAGUAGUAAUAGUACAGUCAGAACUCAUUAACAUUCACCAUUACAGUUUAGGCACAGAGGUCCAUACAAGAAGGAUACAAACUGAUGUGAUUCAAGCUUAUUUAUGUAAGUCAAGGCAAAGAGUGCUGUUUCAUUUUAAUACAAUAAACUAAAGCCAGACUAAUGUCUGUAGGUUCCCACUGA